AACAAUAUUAUGGAUGAUUCAUUUAUUGUUUUAGUGUUUUUUUGUCAUUUAAAAACAACAAUGUCGGAUGAUGAUGCAGCAUUUAAGAUCUGUAUCCAUUAUGCUGGACAUGUUAGAAGAGAUGUUUCACGUUAUGUUGGAGUUGAAACUUGUGAUUUAGGAGUUAAUGACAUUGACAAGCUAUGCUAUUUUGAUAUCAUCGAUAAACUAAAUGAGGUCGGGAUUCAGUUAGUAAGGGCAUUGUAUUACAAAGUUCCUGACCUGCCUUUUGCUAGUGGUUUACUGCCUUUAAAUGGUGAUGUAGAGAUAAUUGAGGUUGCAAAAAUAUUAACGGAGUUAGGAAUUUGCCAUGUAUAUGUGGAGCAUGAUAGCUCUAACAUGCAAGGAGAAAUUGGAGUACAAACUUCAGUAAGGCCUUUUUUUUAUGAGGUAAAUAUUGAUGCUGGUGAAGGGUCAAGUAGAACGCACCCUAGGCAUGGCAAAAUGGCUUUAUUUCAGCAUGACAUGCUAGGAAGUGACGUGGAUGACGAUGAGCUGGUGGCUGGUAUUAAGAAAAUGAAUCAAAGAUAUGCUGAUUUUGAGACUUCCAAUUGUGCAGCAAGUAAAGCAAUUGAAAAAGGCAAACAAAAACUGAUAGAGGUGUCUAAAGGAAAGAAGAACUUGAAUCCUUUUUCAAACUCCAUUGAUGCAAACCAGGCUUCAAAAGGGAUUGUGAUAAGAGAUGUUGAAGGUGAAGGCCCUAGAUUUGUUGCAAAUUCUAAUUUGGAGAAUAGUGAUUCUGACUUUAGUGACAGGGACAGUGAAUAUGUUGAUAGUAGUGAUCCUGGUAGCUACUAUAGUGAUAGCUCGAUUGAGGACUUGGACUCAUUUGUGAAAGAUGAUGCACUGAGAACUGCAAGUAGUCACCUUCAUUAUGAUCCCAACUAUGAAGUUCCACACUUUGAAGUUGGAAUGAUAAUUUCUGGGCAGCAUUUUGAAGCCUUUUAAUUAUGCUAUAUUGCUGAAGUUUAUGUCUUUUGUGUCUUCUGUGUAAUGGAGAAUUUAUGGGUAGCCAAAAUUUGUGUCUUUUGUGCACUAGAGAAUUCUUAGGCAGCUGAAGUUUGUGUCUAGUGUGUUGCAGAAUUUUUGUGGAGCUUUAAAUUAUGUUUGCACUUUUGUAGUACCACAGAUUAGUUAACAUAGCUUUUGUUAUUUAUGACAAGUUUUAUUGUGGUGAUGAACCAUAUUUGGGCAUGAUUUGUUUUUGUUCAUGCACUCUGUACAAGUGCUAUGUUAAGCUAUGAAACAAUGCUAAGUUUAUAAGAAAGGAUAUAAAAGUUU